ACGUCACUGUCGGGCGCCGACGUGUUUUAAGGGGGACGGAUCCUGUUCAGACUCUAAACGCAGACGGACAACGUUCUGUACCAUGGCGGGCACGGGCUUGGUGGCCGGAGAGGUGGUAGUGGAUGCGCUUCCGUACUUUGAUCAAGGCUAUGAGGCGCCAGGAGUGCGGGAAGCGGCUGCGGCGCUGGUAGAGGAGGAAACUCGCAGAUACCGACCCACCAAGAACUACCUGAGCUAUUUAACGGCCCCAGAUUAUUCUGCUUUCGAAACUGACAUAAUGAGAAAUGAAUUUGAAAGACUGGCUGCUCGACAACCAAUUGAAUUGCUCAGUAUGAAACGAUAUGAGCUUCCAGCCCCUUCCUCAGGUCAGAAAAAUGACAUCACUGCAUGGCAAGAAUGUGUCAACAAUUCUAUGGCCCAGUUAGAGCACCAAGCAGUUCGAAUUGAGAAUCUGGAGCUAAUGUCACAACAUGGAUGUAAUGCCUGGAAAGUAUAUAAUGAAAAUCUAGUUCAUAUGAUUGAACAUGCACAGAAAGAGCUUCAGAAGUUAAGGAAACAUAUUCAAGAUUUAAACUGGCAGCGCAAGAACAUGCAACUCACAGCUGGAUCUAAAUUGAGAGAAAUGGAGUCAAAUUGGGUGUCACUGGUCAGUAAGAAUUAUGAGAUUGAACGGACUAUUGUACAACUAGAAAAUGAAAUCUAUCAAAUUAAACAGCAACAGGGAGAGGCAAACAAGGAAAACAUCCGGCAAGACUUCUGAGAAGACUAACUUGCUGAGUAAAAAGGAAGAAAUGUCAGGCCCUCUCAGAAACCAUUAGUGGGUAAAUGUUUGGAAACCAUAAUGUAUGGAUUCUUGUAAUAAUUGUAUUGUGUAUCUUUGUGAAAUAAAGGUUUUUAUCGUGGCA